GACUAGGCUACUACCAAGACAGUUAUAGAUGGUCUAGAUCAACCCAGAAAAACCCAACUGUUAUAUUAAAUUAUGAACAGCUAUUUUGACGUAUCCGCCAUGGCAUACAGGGACUAUAACCGAGAAAAUAGCGAAGUGUAUGGUUCCUCAAUAUCAUAUCUAGAUGGCGUGCCAUUCAAGAUCAGUUCAGCAUUUAAACCACCGACAAAGGUUCAGUUACCAUCAACACUUAUGAGGAAGACGAGAGUGUCUGCUACCAGACAUGAAGAGUACUCAUUUGAGAUAGAGGAAGGUGUUCUUCAAUGGGCUCAUGAAAGAGAGAGACAGCUGGAAGCUCAAAAACGGGAAGAGGAAGAACGUCAGAAAAUAGCCAAUCAGAUCAGAGAGCAGGAGAACCAGAGGUCAAGUUCAGAGGACUCUGAGCCGGAAGAUGAAUGGUUGGCAUCCCACCAGAGUUCUGGUCCCUCACUCUCCGGUGUAAAGCCCCCAGAGAGAGGUGCAGGCCAGGUUGUUACCGGUUCAGUGCCACUACACCCUGUGACAGCAGGACUGUCAGGAAGUGACAUUCUGACUCCAACACCAAUCCACACAGAUGAAAACAACAGGCAAUCUUAUACAGCAAGUCAAAAUGUUGAUGUAUCACAGUUUGAAAAUGUGGAUGAUCCUUUUGACAUGUUUGAACGCCAAACACUAAAUGAUAUUGAGGAACUGAAGAGUGUGUUUUCUACCACAGACACUAACGCUAAGACAACAAAUACAAAUUCAUUUACUGUUACAAAUCAGUCCGAGGCUGAGAGUAUAUAUGAAAAUGUUAAUUCAAACAAUUCCGAUAAAAUUGAUGUGUGCCGCCCACCCAAUGGGUUGGUAGGUGGUUCACAUGAAUGUUCAUCAGAGGCUGGGGAGUAUGUGCAAGUAGAUAUAAAACAAGCAGAAUGUGAAGGGAGAACAGCAACCUCAAAAAUUGAUCGUGGCAAUCUGCCACCUUUGUCACAAACUAAAGAGUUUCUUUCAGGAAAAAUUCCCCUACCGCCUAUUGGAAGCAAUGGUAAGCUGUCAUUAGGACAUGAAAGAGUGCAUUCAGAAUGUGAAGCUAGUUCAGUUGGUCAUUCUAGCCAAGAUGUUCCUCUGUAUGAAAAUGUUGACUCUACACAACUAUAUGAAAAUGUGCAGAUUUUGCAGGACAACAGAGUUAGUUUUAAUCCCAACAAAUACAGUAGGAAUAAUCUGGAUUCAACAGCACCGUCUAACUAUCGAAACCGACCUAAUUAUGUAAAUGUGAUGCCCCAUGGAUUAGGUACUGCUGGGACAAUGACAGGACCUGGAGAAAAUCCCUCAGGGAUGCGUAAUGCUCUGAGCUCACCAGACAUUUCAGGCAUCAACAAUAUAGGCCUUCAUGACUAUGAUAACACAAGGAAUAUAUCGCCAGUAUUUUCUCGAUCUCCACCUCCUAGACCAUCAUCACAUCAGGUAAGUAAGGUCAUUAAAGAUUGUUGGUAUUCUACAUUGUUGCUACAUAUUGAGACAACUAACAUAUACAUGCCCCUUGGCUUGCUGGUCAUUAGACAAGGGAGAUAACUGGUGAAGUUAUGCCCAUCACACAAUCUAACCAAAGAAUGAGUUUUUAGUCUGAUCUAAAUCAGCAUCUGUUCAGAAUGGUUUUCUUAUCUGAAAGGACAAGAGACUAUAAAAGUGGAUAUA